CCCCCCCUGCAAAAACUAAAUACAUUUCCCGAUAGGCUUUUGUACAACGAUCCAUGGCAGAGUUAGUGCCUACAAAAAGACGCCAUGACUAUUGCUCUCUUUUGAAAACAGCGCAGUCGUGCGUUGCGUUUGCCGCUCGGCGUCCAUGAUAUGUGAUGCUUCUGCAGAGGAUUCCGGAGCUCGAGCUCGGAACGGCAGCGGGAGAGAAGUAAAUGCUCCCCCUCUACACUUCAAGUAACGGCAGGUUGUGCCGGUGAAGUAAGCCGUAGCCCAGCAUGAGCCCCUCUGACUGAGACGCAAACACUUCUAGUGUUUUGCCAAACUGCUGAUAGCUUUCAUCAGUUAAAGCCAUGCCUGACGAGUGAAGUUACCUAUUUGCUCACAGAAAAAAACCCAGCACCCUACAUGUCUCUCCAUGUAGCUUCCUCCCUGUGCAUCCUGCUGGAGUAACUCCACCCCCCCACCCCUUCCAGAUAGGCUCUACUGCCCUGUCCCCUCUCCACACCACCGCCCCUCCAUAUCCGACUGUCACAAUGCCGCUCCACCUCAGAAUGGCCAACACCUAAAGAUUCCCAUGCGUCCAGUGAGCGACGAGUCGGACGGUCCUGCUCCUCUUGAAAGCUUCUCGUGCCCCCUAACCCCAGUGGGCCCCCUGCCUGCCGCAGAGAUGUCCCUGCUUCACUCGCUGGGCCCAGUGCAGAGCUGGCUGGGCCAGGAGCUGGAGAAGUGCGGGAUCGAUGCCAUGAUCUACACCCGCUACGUCCUCAGCCUGCUCCUGCAUGAUAAUUACGACCUGCAGGAUCAGGAGAAUGACAUCUUGUUGGGCUGGGAGAAGGGAACUGGGAAGAAAUGGGCCAAGUGUAAGAAGAAAGGAGGAGGGACAGAUCUGAGUCUGGAGGAGAUAAAGAAACAAGCCGCUGUGCAAUGCCUGCGUUCAGCAUCUGAUGAAAACUCUGGAAUUGAGAGCCUGGUUGAGGAGCUUUGCUCCAAACUCAAGGACAUCCAAAACAAACAAAAAGAAGAAAAACAGCUCAAGAAAUCUGAUGGAUCUCAGUCUCCUGAAGGAGUUGAGUCCCCUUCCUCAAAGGACCAGGUUGAAAUGUAUUAUGAAGCCUUUCCUCUUUUGUCAGAGAAAUCUGUUUGUUUCCAAGAGAUCAUGACGGUGUGGAACAAGGCUAAAGCCAUUGCUUACUCCGGUUCAUCGUCUUCCGCGGCCCCGCAGACCAGCACCGACACCUCCUCCCCAAAAGAUUGCAACAGUGAUGGUGAGGCUGCUAAGGAGAAAACCCCUGAGGCAUGCAGCACUACCACUAACCCAACCAGCCAGAGAACCCAGCAGCGACGCAGCAAGAAGGAGAAAGGGAAACGAUUCCAUGGUGGCGCAACAGCAGAGGACCGAGCCUCCGUCCAUGGCAAGAAGCAGGUGAGGCACAGGUCAGAGGGCAAGUAUCGCCCUCGCUCCUGGUCCUCUGGUUCUAGUGAGGCUGGCUCGAGCUCCAGCGGGAACCAGGGCGACUCCAAGACUUCCAGCAGCAAGGCGGGCAGGAUCAGGCACAAGUCCAAGGAGGUGUUCAGUAGGAGUAAGAGGGGGUGCCACAGUGGACAAGUGAAGCUGGCUCUGAAGGCCAUCGACAAAGAGGAACGGCGGAAUGCUGGAGGCAGCAGCAGCAGUGCCACUGGAGGCCCUGUGAGGCAAACACAACUCUACAAAAAGGGGAAAAGACCGCUGAAGGAAAUUCGAAAAGAUCCAGGCUGGUGGGAAGAAAAGGAGUCUGGAGCAGAGGCCAGCAACAAGGAGUACAUGGAGGAGCCCCUGUGGUACACAGAGCCAAUCACAGAGUAUUUAGUACCUUUCAGUAGCAGAAGGAGCAAACUGGAAACAAAGUACCGGAGCAAGGUGGACUCUCCAGACGACUCAACUAUGUCCACCGACUUUGGAAGGCUGUCUGAGAGAAUGCAAGGCAUCUGCAUUGCCAACACAAGCUUCCAGAGGGCGUAUCUGGCAGCAGGCACCUUUGUAGACGGGCACUUUGUUGAGGUGCCAGGUGACGCAGAUGAGGAGGCUACCGAACUCAAUGGGACCUCAAGCUGCCCUCCGCCUGAGGAUAGUAGAGAGUUAGAUGACGAGUAUCUGUCCGAAUUCACUCACUUCUAUGAAGUCGAUAUUUAUCAAUCCAUAUUGGAUCCUAGUGCCUCAGACUUGGUACAAGAGAGUCGAAUCUUGAGCAUGAUUCGACAGAAGAGUGAAGAGCAAAGAGACUUUGAGGCAGAAUGUUGUUUAGUGUUAGAUGGCCUUGAGCUGCAAGGGGAAAGUGCAAUAAGGGUGGGCUGUCUGGAUGCUUUGGGAGAUGAUGGGUUCUUCAUGCAGGAUUUGGAAUAUAUGGCUCAGGUCUGGGCAUGUUAUUCAUCCUCCAGUUCUGAAGAUCUAGAUGGAGAAAGCUUUGCAGGGGACUCUCCCGUUCAGCUCUCCCCUGCUUUGGACGGCGUUCCAUUCACCAUCGGCACGCUGCCUGGAAACCUGGAGGAGCCUCAUCUCCCAGAAGCCACCAGUGAAGCUCCUCGUCUGAACUCCUCCUGCUUGUCUCUUUUUGAGCUGCAGUACGAUAGCCCAACUCUUCCUUUUCUCACUGUUGGUCAUGAAAACAACACAGAUUCAAGUAGCUGUCUAGAUCCACAUUGUAACAAGCAGUCUCGUUUGUUAAUAUGGACCAAAAAUAGUGCCUUUGAUGAAACUGAACACUGUUCAAACCUUUCAACGCGAACCUGCAGUCCAUGGUCGCAUUCAGAAGAGACGCGUUCAGACAAUGAGCAAAUAAACGUUCAAACAGAGGAGUCUGCUCUAAUUGGCAAUGAAGAGAUUAAUUGUAUAAUCCCUCCCAUCUCUGGUACAUACCUAGAGGAAGAAAUCCUGGACUUUUUACAAGAAAACAAUGGUCACCAGUGCGAGGAAGCCAAUGUAGGCACAGUGUCCAAUCCGACCAUCGCAAAGAAAUCUAAAUUGGAGUCCAUUUGUGGAAUAGCGUUAGAACGGGACGAGAGCAAGCAGUAUGACGCUGGCUUGUUUUCAGAUGACUCAAACCAACAGAGUGACAACUACAGCUCAGGGAUAAUAAAGGACAUUUGGACAGCUAUCGGAGAUGGGGAUCUCGUACUAUCACUAGGAGAAGAGAACCCAGACGAGGGCUUGUUUUCCCAGGAGUCGAGCAGCUACCACUGCGGCUGUCUCGACUUGCAGACAAAGGAAGUUGGUCCCAUCCAAGGGCCUCCGAAGGCAGUGCAGCGCUCGGAGUACCACCUGUGGGAAGAAGGCAAGAAUGAAGAGCAGGCCCUCCUGGAUAAAAACCAGCUCUCAAAGAUGAAUGCUUCCGGGGAUUACAUGACGCCGUCCAAGCCCUGGGACGUGAACCCUGAGAAGGACAACACGUCGUUCAUCCUGGGAGGUGUGUACGGAGAGCUGAAGACGUUCAGCAGUGACCAGGACUGGGCCGUGGUGCCGCCAGGCGAUGCAAGAGGCAGCCUUCUACAGUGUGCCACUGCCGCUGCCUCGUCCUCUGGCUCAGACGUGGUAACCAUUGCUGGUACAGACCGUGUGUUCAUGAACACAGGCAGCUGUUUUGCCUCCAGCCACAAGCCCCUCUGGAGGCCCCUGGUCUCCUUCGGGCAGAGUGACCAGGCUACUAAAGGAGGUGAGGAUGGAUUGAAUAAGGGAUUUUCUUUUAUCUUCCAUGAAGAUUUACUCGGAUCCUGUGCAGGCUUCCGUGGUGAGGAGCCGGGGAUCGACUACCCGUUUGCGUCCUUUGAUCUGAACAAUCCGUUCUCUCAAGUCCUCCAGGUAGAGUGCUCCUUCGAGCCUGAGGACAUGGCUUCGUUCAGCCCGGGGUUCAAGCCAAAAUCUAUAUUGUGCUCGGACUCAGAGAAUGAAGCUUUCCACCCACGGCUAUACGGCAUCAACCGGACCACCCAGUACAGGGCCAUCCGCAUCUCCCCCAGGACUCACUUCCGACCCAUAUCAGCCUCGGAGCUGUCGCCCGGCGGAGGGAGUGAGUCGGAGGUUGAGUCUGAGAAAGAAGAGAUGAGUGUUCCCAUCCUGGCCCCACCGGAUGUCUCCGACGACCCUCAGGCCGACCUCAAACCGCUUGAGGAGGAUGCAGAAAACGAGGGCCCAUGCUACGGGAAGUCAGAACUGGAAUCUGGGAAAUUCCUGCCCAGGUUAAAGAAGUCUGGCAUGGAGAAGAGUGCCCAGACCUCACUGGAUUCUCAGGAGGGCUCCAGCACCCUCCUGCCAAUCGCUGAGCAAGGGACUUGCUUGGACUGCGAAGCAGCGAGCGGACAGAUGGAUGUCCCAGUCGGCAAGAUUCAGGAGGAAGAAUCUUGCAGAGAAAAUGAAACCUGUAAAUGUGCAGCAGCUGGUCAGAGUCCCACAUAUGGGAAAACCUAUGACUUUGUUGAAGAUUUGCAUGAGUUCCCUCUAUUAAAUAUUAGUGGACAGGGACUAACUGGCAUCCAGCAAGAUGAGUGCUGGUGGCAGAACACAAUCUGUUCCCCCCUUUUCCCUGGACCUCAGUGUACAGGGAGCAGCAACAUCUGAGAAGUCCAGGUCUGUGGCGAGGAAGCCUAUCGUCAGGAAGAUAUGACCUCUUCUCCUUUGACUGCACCUCUUCUUGCAAAGAUAUGGGGGGGGGCCCUCGCAACUUGGAAAACAAUAGGCUUCUGGACAGAGGAACCUUUCCUCCACAUCCCACCCUUAACUCUGCUGAUUUUCAUUUUACUAACUUGAGUCUUGUGUAAUCAACAACAACAACAAAAAGGCCGCAAGUAGGAAAAACUGGAAUAUGUUCUACAUGUCUUCAUGUGAUGCCAUAUCUGAAGACUUAUGCAUUUUAGAUUUGGUUUUAGUUGAUUCUUCCAGACAUAAUUCCAUCUUAAUUAAAGAGUCAGUUAGAUAUUAGGGACAGUCUUGUGUUUUUUCCCUCCAUCGGUUGUUCUCAAUGGGUUUUAUUUUUUUGCUUUUGACCUAGGAUACUGGUAGUUAUGGUUUCCGAUUGGUUGAGCAUGUGCCUGUCCUACUAGUCUCACUCCUUCUUUUCUAGUGUAACUGCUGCAAUUUCCUUCAUCUGACUGGGAUGCCUCUCUUCAUAACGUAGUAUGAAAGCACUGCGUUUGCAUCCCUUUUUCUUAAUCCCUAUCAUUUAGAAAGUGUGGAGAUUUUUGAGUAGCAUUGGGUGCCUUUUCUGACUGAAAUGUGUGCACCUUGCCUCUCAAAUCUGUAUCAAGACCCCCCCCUCAAGAAGUGUGCAAAGUUGCUCUAAAUGAGUGAUUUCUGAUGAUUGUCAGUUUGUCAGAACCGUAGUAGACACAGUAGAAAUGGUUUGUAAAGUAUAAAUCAACCCCCCCCAAAAAAUCUAUGUUAAAUGUACAAAACUGCUGUUCAAUGCAAAAAGCAAGAAGAGAAAAAAAAGCAUGGUUGAGCUCAAUUUGGGGUGUAAUGGCCCUUUACAAAAAUAUUUAAUUAUAGCCAUUUCUACAGAGGCACCGAUUUGCUGCAAUUGAAAGGUUUUUUUUGUGAACUCCAUAGUCCAAACAAUUGGUGCUAUGAAUAUGUUGACAGUUCUGUAGCAGUUUCGAUAUUGUGGCUGUGUAAUGUAGAUCCUGUAGUUUUUGUUUGUCGCGGCAGAGUGGAAGAAUCGGUUGAUCUUUUGGAGAAAAUAAUCGUGAUUUGAUGGUCCUCGCUUUGACUUGGUUUUUAUUUUAAAGAAGAGUUAAGUUUUUAAGAACUUUUAACUAGUAAGUUAACUGGCCUGUAAUAACAAUGGAAAUAAAUAGUUAUUUGAUUUAAAUCUUGUUAUCAGAUUGACAGUCUAUUACAGAUAAUAUAGUGUCAGUGUUCAUCCUACUGUAAGAUCUACAGCAGAAGCAGGAUUUUAAAGGCAAUGUAUUUCUACCCAGACACUACUUAACUUAAAAGAGCGUAAUAUAAAACAUUCACGGAAAAGGUGAUCAACCAAAAAUAACAAAAUUCCACCUUACAACUUUUUUUUAUCCUUUUCAAGUAUCCAGAAAUGUCUCACUUUUGUGAGUACGUGUCUGCAUUGAACACGUCUAGAUGUUGGUUUAAAUGACAUUGUGUUCGAAUUUUAUCAAAAGAAAUGUAAAACACAUUCACAAGAAUGCAAAUACAUUUGUGCCCCACAACCCCUCGUAGUAGACGUGCACAAACUAAGUUUAAUCAGAGGCCCGACGAUGUUUGAGUGAUUGUUUCUGUCGCCUGUGCAUUGACUAUUAAAUCCUGAGUUAACACACAUGUUUAGACGAAAUGCAUUUUGAUUUCUAUGUGCGUUGUGUAUCUUUAUCACUGCAGUGGUUUAUUUCGGUUUUUGGUUCUCUCCUUCCACUUCAAAAUAUUUGUUUUCGUCCUCAGAAAACCGAGGAAUUGAAGCACAGUUACCAUCCCUCCAUGUUCUCUUGUGACGCAUCCGCUGUGCAGUCCAAAAUAUGUCCGCCAACAAUGUGUGCAUACUGGUUCUAAUGCACUGUCACAGGGCACAGGGUCUCCAUUGUGAGCACAGUCAUUGAGCCUAAGUUUUUUUUUUUUUAAUUAUUAUUAUUCAUCGACCUCUUAAUGGACAGUCGUAUCUUGAGUUGGUUUGGAAAAUGGAAAAGUCAAAUAACAAUCCAUUUCAAUAUGCCAGGCCUCAGUCUGCCCCAUAAUUGUGGUGUUUGUUCUUCACUUGUGUUCAACCAAUCAAAACUUGAAUGAAAGACUGCUCUGAAAAAUGUCAGGCUACUUUCAAUUGUAUUUUAUUUAGACAGUUAUCAGUCACUCAGGAAUACUUAAAUACUAAAUGUUUUUUCAAAGUAGGUGGAAAACACUUAAUUCUGUGGCAGUGCAUCAGUACUUUCAUUCAAGCAUUAAUUUAUUACUGAAACUUUAUUUGAGGAAAAACUAAAUAGGCUUUUAUUAAUCCCAAGCUUCCUACAAAGUUAAUUGUACAGCACAUAGUUUUAGAGCUGAGCCCGACCGAGCCGUUUUGAGAUUGCCUAAGCAAUUUGAGGGACCUUUUCUUGGUCCUCGGUCAUAUGCAAUCUUGGCGCAUGCAAACUUUUAAACAUUCAAGUGGAGGAAAGUCACUGUUUAUUUAGCAUGACUUAUUUUUCAGUAUGGGAGAGCUGAGAAAAUAAAGAUUGAACUGUUAUGGAGUGUCUUUACAAAUAAGAGCAGCAUGUCAACACCACACUCCAUCGAAGUUAAAUAAAACCGGUUUUGUAUAUGACAAUAAGUACAGGCCAGGGUAAAGCAGUGACUUAUUUUUUUUAUUUCAUUUUUACUUUGUGUGUAGAUGUGAGAGACCGAGUCACAGCCCCUACAUGGGAGUUUGAAGGAAAUGCAUUCAUUUGUUUUUCUGUUUAUAUAUUGAGGGAAAGUUUUGAGAAUGCAUCGAGAGCGACUAUGCAUUUUGAAACUACAUUGACGAAGUUUAACAUUGAGUUUUGAUUGGUCUGAAGGACAUAGCAUAUCCGGCACUGAAAACCAGAGUUUUCCUAGUCUUUUCAUUCCUGCUAGAUGACACCCUCCCAUCCCUUUAUCCCUCAUCCUCAACUCCCAUCUGUCUCAAGUGGUUGUAUUGUUCUAAUUUCAUAUACACCCUGAGUAAAUUAUUUUGUUUCGUUGUGGAGUUUCUUAACAUCUAAUAAAGGAAUAAACCAAAUCA